AUGAACAUCAACAUACAUUCUCAUCACACGCAGCUGAUAUUUGCAGCAAUUGUCGCUUCCGCAACCACUGCAGGCUUGUUAAGCGCGUAUCAACAUUACGCGAAAGCAAUCAAAAGACGCGAGCUAGACAAGGAGAUCCUCCGUUCGCUCGCAGGGCGCGACUCCCAGCCCCUACCCAUUACAGAGCCGAAAACCACAUGGAAGCCUCGUAUAGAGGACUUAGCCGAGCAUGAGAUUGUUUUAGCGACUAAACUCCAGGGGGAGGACUAUGAGUAUGAUGAGGAACUCAUAAGGGAGCAGCUCGCGCGUAAUUACGCGUUCUUUGGCGAUGAGAGCAUGGCGAAGAUUAGGAAAGGUACCGUGGUCGUCAUAGGAUGUGGGGGAGUAGGCAGCUGGGCCGCCGUCAUGCUCGUAAGAUCAGGAGUCUCCAGAAUACGCCUGGUCGACUUUGACUACGUCACGCUAUCGUCAUUGAACAGACACGCUACCGCCUUGCUCGCGGAUGUGGGCACGCCGAAAGUCAAGUGUACCGAGCGCACUUUGAAGCAGAUAGCGCGGUGGGUGCAGGUCGACUCGAGAGUCGACAUUUGGCGCAAGGAGCAGGGUGGAGAGCUGCUGGAGGGUGCAGACUGGGUCAUAGAUGCCAUUGAUAACAUCAGCACUAAGGUGGACUUGCUCAAAUACUGCCACGAGCAUAACAUCAAGAUAUUUUCAUCUAUGGGUGCGGGCGCGAAAUGUGAUCCCACUCGUGUCCAAAUCAGCGACAUUUCAGACACAAUUUACGACCCUCUCGCACGGUCAGUACGCCGGAGACUGCGCCUACAAGGCGUCGCAUCCGGCAUUCCGGUCGUGUAUUCGACAGAAGUCCCAAGUGAUGUGAAAUUGCUGCCAUUGCCUGAGGAGGAGUUCGAGAAAGGCGACGUCAAGGAACUUGGGGUAUUCGACGAUUUUCGAGUUCGCAUACUCCCAGUGCUCGGACCUCUUCCUUCUAUAUUUGGUUUGAGCAUCGCGAGCUACAUCUUAUGCGAGCUUGCCGGAAAGCCAAUCGCGAACCCUCUGCCUGUCAAAGGUCGCAAGAAAUUCAACGAGCGGCUGUAUCGCGACCUACUUCGCCAUGAACAGAAGCUCAUCGGGCAUACCUUAAACAAACUUCCAAUCGACGAAGACGAUAUCGGCCUGAUCUUCGACGAUAUCUCGCGAGGUCGCUCCGUUAUUCCUCCGCAUCCGGUACCGUCACGUCCCGUCCUGGUCCGUUGGGAUCCCAAGCUGCCAUUGACGCUGGACAAUUGCGUUCCGAUGGAAUUCAACGAGGCCGAACGGCACAUUGCUGAGUGCUAUAAGAGCGGGAAAUCCCCAGAGGAGGUAUGGGGUGCAGACACCGCUGAAAUCGUGAGGAGAAGAGCGGAAGAGAUCCGAAAGGUAAGAGAAUGGGUGAUGUAA